AUGGCCAAUUUGAAGCAAUUUAUGGAUCGGGUUGAUGCAGAUAGGGAUAUAAACCAAUUGGAGGGAUGGAAGCAACGAAUUGAGACGGUCUACAGGGAAUUCCAAUCGAACCGACUAGAACUGGAAUUUCUGUUCGAUGACACAAAAGGGGACGCAACUGAUGAAAAAACGGAGAGUAGUAAUCGACUCAUUCGGCAGAACUUUGAGCUCGAUUAUGUUCGUGCAUACGGGUUCCUAACCACGAAAAUUCGUGAGCUUAAUACAGGCUUACAGCACGUUUCCCAAGCCGUAGCAGUAGUUAAUGCGCCAAAUCCACCACAGACACGAAUUAAGGGGUUAUCGCAAAUAAACAAAUUUUCUUACCUUGUUGCAUCGUUAACCAAGGAUGCACGAAAGGUUAUUGAAGCGAUCGAGCUUACCGACGCAAACUAUGCCGUUGCGUGGCAGUUGUUGGAGAAGCGUUUCAACAACAAAAAGUUAGUAGUAAAAUCAUACAUCGAUUCGCUUUUCGCAAUCGAACCAAUGAAGAGGGAAUGCUACGAGUCCCUUACGCGCUUGAUCGACGAUUUCGAGCGCAACCUAUGCCUAAUCAACAAAGUGGGCAUCGAAAGAAAUGGUUGGAGUGUGCUUCUAUCCCACAUGGUCUGCAGUCGACUUGAUUUAUCCACCUUGCGGCACUGGGAAUCAUUGGCACCUUCGAAGUCUCGCUUAUCUGAUUCGCACAAAUCGGAAUCCUAUCGGCCGUCAAAAUUCUCGAAAGUUAAUACAGUCCACACUAUCACUAAUUCGACAACUGGUUCCUGCCCGUUCUGUUCGAAGGCUCCACACUCACCAUUCAAAUGCGACGUGUUCCUGAAAAUGGCUGUCUCUCAACGUUACGAACAAAUGAAAAAGAAGUUCCUCUGCAUAAAUUGUUUAUCGUCCUCGCACCUUGCGAAGGGCUGUACGUCCGGCGGAUGCAGAGUAUGCAACCAGAAGCACCAUCCUCCUAGCGAUCGCUCGUCUGUGCAACAGAAAUCCAAUGCACCUUUUAUUUCUGGUACGACUUUACAACCUUCGAACCAUACAAAUUCCUCCGAUCAGUCCUUCUCACAAUCUCAGUACAAUUUAUCGUUUGAAACCCAGUCGCCCUCAACCUCAAUCCAACCAACUAGCCUUGUUUCCAGCACUCUCGUUGCCAACAGUCGAAAUGUUCCGGCUACUGUGCUGCUGCAAACAGCGAUAGUCAAAGUUUUUGGUCCUGAUGGAGACGCCCAAUGGGCAAGAGCGCUGUUGGAUCCUGCAUCGCAGCUUUGUCUUAUCACCGAGAAUAUGGUUCAGAAGCUGAAGCUACGUCGUUUUCCCACUCGUCAAGAAAUUGGAGGCGUUGGUAACACUCUCGUCGUAUCGCAUCACGCUGCGAAUGUUCGGAUAGGGUCACACUGCACCGAAUAUACUGUCGAAGAACCCUGUCAUAUACUGAAGAAGAUAACGCGUGAACUUCCGGUCAACACUAUCGAUUCUUCUUACUGGAAUGUCCCGUCCGGAAUCACACUGGCCGAUCCUAACUUCGACCAACCGGGACCAAUAGAUCUCCUGUUAGGCAUGGAGCUUUAUUUCGAACUUCUCUUGGAAGGAAUAAUCAAAUUGGGACCGGAGAAACCGAUUCUACAAAACACCGUUUUUGGAUGGGUAGCAUCGGGAAGAAUAGGACUUCGUCAGUCUCGUAAUCAACCAAAGGUGGCUCACGUGUGCAGCACUGAACCACAUGAGGACCAAAUCUCCCGUUUCUGGGAGUUAGAGUCCUGCUGGUCACCCAGCACACGUUCACCGGAAGAAACCUUCUGCGAAGAACAUUUUACUACCAACACCUUUCGUGACGAGUCUGGUAGGUUUGUAGUCACUCUUCCUAAACGUAGCGACGUGGUUUCUCAACUGGGAAGCUCGAAGGAAGUGUUCGAUGCAUCGUGUCGCACUGAUAGUGGAAUAUCACUCAAUCAGACGUUGAUGAUUCGGCUUCACCCCGUUGAUUACCCGCUGCAUCGUAUCCGCUGGCGUUCUUCUUCUUCGGAACCGCUCAAAACAUUUGAGCUCACCACCGUCACCUACGGCACCGCCUCAGCACCGUAUUUGGCAACUAGGUGUCUGCUGGAAUUAUCAAAUCAGGGAGCUGAGGCCUAUCCUUUAGCUGCGAAAGUCCUAUCGAAGGACUUUUAUAUGGACGAUAUGCUGACUGGGAUCGACGACGUAGAAGAAGGGCAAGAACUUUGCAACCAACUACGACAGUUGCUUCAAUCAGGCGGGUUCAACUUGCGAAAAUGGGCGUCUAAUUCGUUCACCAUUCUAUCGAUCAUACCACCCGAGCUACGAGAACAACGAGCAAUAUUAGCGCUGGAGUCUCCCUCGACCAUCAAAACCCUGAUAUGGGAACCCUCAACCCUCAACGGAUCUGUUGCACUAUUCCACUCCCAAGUGGUCACCAACGAACACCAUCACAAGGCUCUAAACGCACUCUCGUCAAUUUCCAUACCUCGAUGGGCAGCACUCUCUAAUGCACCAGUCAUCGUGGAACUCCAUGGAUUCUGCGAUGCAUCGGAACGAGCGUACGGUAGCUGUCUGUAUAUUCGAACCGUUUCCCAAGAUGGGAGCAUCUCCGUGCGUUUGCUGACUGCGAAAUCCAGGGUGGCACCUCUCGGAGACUCCAAGAAGCAGAAAAAGGUCAGUCUUCCCAGGUUGGAGUUAUCGGCUGCUCUUCUAUUGAGCCACCUGUAUCACAAGGUGAACUCUGCCAUCGGACUAAACACUCGAGCGUUCUUCUGGUCGGACUCAACUAUUACGCUCCACUGGAUCAACUCGGUUCCGUCGAGAUGGAAAACUUUCGUGGCGAAUCGGGUGUCGGAAGUUCAACACCUAACAACCAACGGUGUCUGGGCUCACGUUUCGGGUAUGGAUAACCCAGCGGAUAUAAUUUCCCGUGGUAUGGAAGCGAACCAAUUGGAAGAGUCUUCGAUCUGGUGGACAGGACCAUCCUGGCUGAAACAAUCUUCUCGGUUUUGGCCUCCAAUAAUCCAAAGCGAUCCACCUGAACUGACCGUUGAAACCCUGGAAGAACGACCAGUAUCGUUACCGGUCAGAGUUCAUGAACCGAACGAAUUAUUUAGACUACGCCCAUCAUUCUCCUCCUUGGUUCGACUGACUGCUAUGCUUGGUCGAUUCAUUCACAACUCCAAACCGGAAAAUCGAUCCAAUCGAAAAUUUGGUUUUCUGCGUACAUCGGAGUUAGAACAAGCUCUAUCAAUAUUAGUGAAGUUGGCACAGUAUGAAGUCUUCUUCAACGAAAUCGACACCGUAUCUAGUGCAGGUCAAGUAAAUUCGAAGUCUGCUCUGAAGAAUCUCUGCCCAAUUUUGAAAGACGGAAUAUUGCGGGUUGGUGGCCGACUGCGGAACGCGACAUUAUCAGAGGAUAGGAAACAUCCAAUGAUCCUCCCUGCAAGACAUCCACUAACAGAAAGCAUAAUGUCACACUAUCAUCUGAAACAUAUGCAUGCCGGACCACAACUGCUUGUGGCAUGCGUCCGGGAGAAGUUUUGGCCACUUCGCAUCCGUAACCUGGCACGGCAUACGGUCCACUCGUGCAUCAGUUGCUUCCGUUGUAGACCAUCGGUUGUGGAGCAGAUUAUGGGAGAUUUGCCCGCCGAAAGAGUAACGCCAACUUUGCCGUUCCUGAACACCGGUGUGGAUCUGUGCGGACCGUUCAAGUUCCGUAAACUUCGCAAAAGCCCACCUACCAAAUGUUAUGUGGCAACUUUCGUCUGCCUUGUCACAAAGGCUAUACACAUUGAGCUGGUCUACGAUCUGUCAACAGCCGCUUUCAUAGCUGCACUUCAUCGGUUCAUAGCUCGGAGAGGGAAGCCACAUGUCAUCCACUGCGACAAUACACGAAACUUCAAGGGAGCCCAGCACGAAGCAGCUGUAGUCAACCCGUGUGCGAACGACGGUAUUGAAUUCAAAUUUAUACCGCCCCGCAGUCCGAACUUUGGUGGGCUGUGGGAAGCAGCGGUAAAAUCCUUUAAGAAGCAUUUCCGAUCGACAGUUGGUAACUCUAUCCUUUCACAAGACGAGUUCGUUACACUGUUGUCCCGUAUCGAAGCUUGUCUCAACUCCAGACCACUUACGCCCCUCACCGCGGACCCAAACGAUCUGGAAGUAUUGACUCCGGGUCACUUUCUUGUUCACCGUCCGCUCACUUCCUUUCCCGAACCUAAUUUAUGCGAGGUACCUCGGAAUCGCCUCGACCGGUGGCAGGAAAACCAGGACCUCCUCCGUCGAGUAUGGAAACGGUGGUCAACGGACUAUCUUUCGGGGCUUCAUCCACGCACCAAGUGGACACAGGCUCGAGACAAUAUUGCUGUUGGCACCAUGGUCCUCCUCAAGGAAGAAAACCUUCCUCCGCUCAAAGGGAGAUACGGCAGAAUCACCAACAUCUUCCGGGUGGAAGACAAUAACAUCCAAGUAGUCAGCGUGAAAACGGCUGAGGGAGAGUUUCGCCGGGCCAUCUCCAAGGUUUGUGUGCUGCCUCUAAAUCACGAAUCAACCCUGCCGACCGAUGGGAAUAACCGGCAAAUCGAUGAUCACUAA